GAGCCGAAGCGAAGCCGAACUACGACGAAAUGAGACGAACACAGCCAAAGUGUUUUCAAACGUGAGCAAACCCGUCCGCUAUGAGACCUACAGGAAGAGCUCAGCGACCACGAUAGUACAUCUGCAAAAUCAAUUAGAAAGGAUUAUAAUGUCUUAAUAUGUUUUAAAACGACUCAUGUCAGUAGGUGUCCACUGAGCUGCCAGUAAGAUGUCUAUGGUCCUGUUUGCCUCUGUGGUGAGAGUGAGGGAUGGUCUACCUCUCUCGGCCUCCACUGACUAUGAACAGGAUAAGGGGCUUCAGGAGACCAAGAAACAUCUCAAGAGUCUGUCCAAAAAACUAAGCCAGUUUCCUAAUCGCUGCUCACAUAGAUCUGGCAUAUACAACAUCAAUUUUACAAGCUCUCUCGGAGUUGGCUACAUGAUGGUUUGCACAGAAAACUAUCCCAAUGUCCUGGCCUUCAGCUUCCUGGACGAGCUUCAGAGAGAGUUCAUUGUCACGUAUGACACCAAACGGAUCAACAGCGCUUUGAGGCCUUUCUCUUUUAUUGAGUUUGAUAACUUCAUUCGGAAAACCAAGCAACGUUACAAUAGCCCACGUUCCCUCUCCACCAAGAUUAAUCUAGCCGACAUGCAGACUGAGAUCAAGCUCCGGCCUCCUUAUCAGCUCUCCGCGGAGGACAUUGGAUCAAUCAACGGCUUCUCAGAACACAAGCAGUCUAAAUAUAAAGGCAUUGCACCUAAUCAAAUGUUGGAGGCCGUCACCCUGUCGGGUAUCGUCGCCUGCAUCCUAAGUGUCCUGUGCGGCGCUCUUAAUUUGCUGCGGGGAGUCCACGCAAUAGAAAGUGUAUUGCAGAAUGAGGAUGAAGACUUUAAUUACGUAAUUGCUUUUUUCCUUGGAACCGCGGCCUGUGUGUAUCAGUGUUAUUUGUUCAUCUACUUCUCAGUUUGGAGGAACAUCAAGUCAUUCCUGGCCUUCGCUAUGAUCUGCCUGUCCAACAUGUAUCUGUAUGAACUCCGUAACAUGUGGCAGAUCCUCUUUCACGUGACGGUGGGUGCGUUCAUCACUCUGCAGAUCCACCUGAGAGGGCCGCAGGGCAAAGCACCAGACUACAAUGUUUGACCCCCUUGAACUCUUGUAAGACUGCCUAACAGCCCAGCAUUUCAACCCAAUCUGCGGAUAAAAGAACUAUGGAUUGUGAAGCAGGUUUUACAUAUUGUUUUGAUAUCGCUCAAGAUACACUUCCUGCUGUUUCACAUCCAGUUGAACUCAAAGAUGGAAAGCUGCUGUUUUGGUUGAAGCAAAAGGUUCAUAACAGUGAAUUCAUUCACGCACAAUAUUGGAUUCAUGCGUGAAAUAUUAAAGCAAAUUGCUAGCAGGUAAUUCAAAUGUGCACAAUUAAUAUAUUUUCCAAUAGGGAGGCAUUGUAGUUAUUUAUAGUUUUAAUUGACAUCAGGGCUUAAAGAGACAGCUCACCCAAAAAUGAAAAUUCAGUUGUCAUUUCUUGAAGAACGUGGCUUUCCUCCACACAAUGAACGUGGACGGUUACCAUGGUCUGUCAAAGUUAAAAUAAAAGCAUCAAACUACUAUAAAUACUUAAAUAUAUGCAUAUUUUGUACUAACGUAAGAUACGUUUUUUCUAUAUGCACAAUCAAAAUCUUUAACUCUAUUGUUUUAUUUUUAAUUUGAUUGGCAUUUUACUUUGUAGUUCCUUCCCUCGUUAAAGCCACUGUCUCGUAAUUCUUUUUGUCCAAUUUUUUUUUUUUUUGCUUCGCAAGUUCGCAUUAAAGUUUGUAAUGUUGUGAUUCAUUUUUUUAGCUGUUCAUGAGUUCAUGGUAACUCUUUAAUGAAGGCUAUGUGAAACUCAUUUCCUGAACUAAGGGCACUGAAAAAGUGUGUGGGUACUGUUUCACUCUAGCUUUGUGUGAGAAACGGGCCAAAAUGUAAGUUAUUAUUAAAUAAAAAUAUCGCUUGACAAUUGUGGUUAUUCAUGGUUAUUCAUGAUAUAUGGUAUUGUAAAAAGCUGCUUAGAAAUUGUAGUUAACAUCUCUUUUUCUGUUCCACCAAAUAAAGAAAUGAUUAUGAAUUUUCAUUUUGGGUGAAGUCAUCAUUUUAGAAUUCUUUUAGAGUGGGUUAUGUUAUGGUUAGGGUUAUUUUAGGGACAAUUGUUCAUCUAUUUUGAUUGUUAAAGCCAACUCGUAUGCAAUACAUUUGAUAGUUGCCUCUAGUCUAUAUAUUUUAAAAAAAUGUAAUUUUCUCUCGCAUUUUCAUUUUGUCAUACAGCUUUGUUUGAGUGUCACUGUGUUUGUGGUCAUUAGUCAGACGUCUCUUCCCUGAAAGCAUAAUCAGAUGUGUUAUUUAUCAAUCAUGUCUAUGCUGCCUGCAGGUGUGCAAAUGAAUGUGUCUGGCUAAGAGGAAAAUGGAAUCGCACUAAUAUACAGACUCCACUGUUUGUUUUUCCUAUUUGCUGCCUUUUGUCAACGGGUCUGUUCAGUGACCAUGCUGAGCUGAGUAAUGUUUUAUUCUGUUUCUAUUCACCUGGCUUGUUUUGAUGAUUGACAGAUUUAGGGUCAAGGGGUUUCAAAAUUCCUCUGAUGUACAUGCAUUUCCUUUUUUUCUUUCCCACAAGUGUCAGUGAUCUAAGAUUGCAGCUGCAUUUUUGCAUUGCAAGUACCUCAAUGCUCUCUCUCUCCAACAGUAGUACAUUGCCCAUUGGCCUAAUGUGUGUUUGUGCCAUGUCCUGAAACCAUCAGUAAAAACCUUGAAUUUGUAUGAA